CGUCAUUGAACAUCUACAUGAUCUAGGACAGUAUGUUCAGAAAACUUAGCACUAAUGAUGACAGACCCGAGUUUACGUCAUUGAUGUCCAGCUUAUGCGAUGCUGUCUCCAGCAACGAUGAAGAAGCAGUUCGUGAUAUUUUAUACAACCAAGAGGGCAACAACGAUGUUAUUAUGCUAGUCUAUGCCUCAGCUGUUCAAAAUGGUAACCCGGAUAUUGUCCGACAUUUUAUCGAAAGUGGACAUGUCCAGGUCAACGAUCUGGAUUUGAUGUUUGGCGAGACAGCUCUUAUGCAUGCAGUUAGAUGUGGUCGUUUAUCUGUCGUCAACUAUCUUCUCCAGAUUGAAGCAGAUAUUAACUUUAAAAGUAGUCAAAAUGGAGUCACGGCUCUCCAUGUGUGUGUGAGUGGACCAGAAAGACCACAAAAUAACUGGGAAAUUCUCAAUUGUCUUCUUGAAAAUACCAAAAUAGACUUAGAGGCUAGAAAUAACGAUGGCCAGACUCCUCUAAUCAUUGCCUCUAACCAAGCCAAAGUGGAGGAAGUUAAACGAUUACUUGAGGGAGGGUGUGAUAUGUACGCGAUACACCACAGACAGGGACAGAUAGCCGCACAUUUCUGUAUGUCCUCAAGAUAUUUCUCAGCAUUUUCCGUCGUAGUUGACUGUUUCCGUUUAUUUUUAGAAAAUAGAAUAGACCCCGACUUCCGAGACACAUAUGAUAUUCCAUUUAUUGGCUAUGCAAUAAACACAGGGAUUUACAAAAUAUUGUGCCUACUUAUUUACUCCAACUGUGAUAUACAUAUUUUAUACAAAGAUAAGUCAGAAACGAGUUUUCCACCAUUCGUUCAUGCUUGUCAACGAAAACAAAAGCGGAUUAUCGAAACUUUAUUUGCCGCUGGAUGUGAUGUAGAUAAAUGGCGCGACAUUGUAUGUGCUGACCUUGAUCAGUUGAACUUGUCUGAUAUUGGGAAAUCCCCCAGAACUUUGAAACAGUUAUGUCGAAUUAUCAUACGUAGACAAAUUGGACAUUACCCUCAUUUAUUUAUAGAUCAAUUAGGUCUUCCGAAAACUGUUUCUAACUACAUUUUAUUGAAAGAUGUUAUUGAUGUUGAAUUAUCAUAAAAAGUUCUUUUAAAUUAAAAUAUGCAUUUUUUA